UGUGAAACUGUGGCAAGUCUUGAGAAAGUAGGUAGCUCCCUUAGCGAAUGCCGUAAAGAACUUUCUGCUCAAAAGGAAGCAUAUGAGAGGCUCAGGCUUAAAAAUGAAGCAGAUAAACAAAUGCUUUGUGAAAGGAUAGUGGCACUUGAAGAUAUGAUAACUGGUUUAGAAAGCAAGAACAAAAUUUUGAACGAAAUUAAGUCUGAAUUGGAAUUAAAAGUUGCCUCAAUAUUAGAAGAGUCUGCAAAUGUGAGCAAUUCAUGGCGUUCAUUUUUGAGUGACAGUUCCAGUGGCUCAUCCAUCUGUUUACAAUCUCAAGGAGGACUCUGUCAUCAGUUUUGUUGCACUGAGUCAGUUGAAAACUACAGAAAGACAUUGUAUGCUGAACUACAAGCAUCAGGUGACCUCUGUCUGACGCACAAACAAUUGGAGGAGCAGCUGAGGGAAUGGCAAGAGAAGGCUAUAAAGUAUAAACAAGAGUUGGAUGAAUACAAAGAAAAUGAAAAGGUUGCGAAAGAAAUUGUUAAGUCGGCAGUUGAGCAUUUAGAACUGUCUGAACAUUGUGGUGAUAUGUAUGAAAAUAAGUCGCAGUUUGACGUUAUUGCUGAGGUUGAAAACAUUACUGAUGUGAAGGCUAAGCAGUCGUUGUCAUACUUGAUAUCAUUUGUUACAGCAGUUUCCGAACAGGAACAUUCGUUUCAUAAAAUUUCUAAGCAGUGCCUUGUACAUCCAAGGGAAGCUUUCACCCAGAGUGAUCCUAUAGUCACCAGGUUGUCAGUUAUGGACCAAACUGCACGGAUCGCUGGCACUGAAAGAAGCACACAAGUAGAUGCUGACUCUGUUUCCACAAAGGUGUCAACUAUAGAUCGGAUUUUACAAAUCUCUACCAGUGCAAAAUACACACAGACUGAUCAUGUGGUCACAGAAUUGUCAAUGGGGGAUCAAACUGCACAGAUCUAUUGCAGUGAAAAUUGCACACACACAAAGGCCAAUCUUAAGAUGACAAAAGUGAUGACAAUGGAUCAAACUACACAAACCUCCAGUUGUGAAAUCAUCGCACAGGUGCACUCGGGGGCAACAUGUCCAUACUAUGCAGAGGACGGAUAUGCAAGGGGGGACAUUUCCAUUGAAUCACACACAGAAACUGUGAGUACUAAUCCUUUACAGAUGGCAGGCAAUGUAUCACCAAAGACUGAACCACUUACACAAACAUUGCAGACAGAUGAAGAAACUAGAUGUGGUGCUCAAGAACUACAACCAUCCACAGAACAGACUUGCCUGCAGUACAGUGGAAAUGAAAUGCUCAUAGACAAAACUCCAGAAAGUUGUGGUGCUCAAGAAUCAAAGUCGUCCUUAGAACAGACAUUGCUGUUCCAAACAUGCCUGCAACCUGCUAGAGAUGAAACUCCUGAAAGCACAUUUCAUUCUGAAUCACUUCAACACACGAAGAAGUUUUUGAGAAAAGCUGUGUCAUGUAAGAACCUGAGAAGAAUUUGUACAUUGGCAGUCUCUCUUCUUCUCAUAUUUUUGAUUGGUUCUUCAUUUUUGAAUCUAUUUGUAAACUGUUGUCUAUACAGUCAUACAUUUUAUGGAACUCUGUGUUCUGUGAUGGAAGAUGUAUUCAAGCCUUAUGUAACACUGAGGCAUCUUUCUCCGCCUCCUACAUGAUGAUAAAUUUAAGAUAUAUAAUACAAUUGCCAUAGAUCUGAGGUAGAAAGUCACCACAUAUAAUAACUCGUCAAUGGUUGGAAUAGUGAUUUAUCUUAAAUAACCAGUGUGUGUUAGAGGGUGCAGUGACAGUGAAACAGAAGAUUCAGAGCCACUAAAGUGGUAUUUCAGUUAAAAUAACUCUCCAUUUGCAAUUGUGUUACUUUUUAUUGUACUUGCAAUGCAUUAAUUUGAAAGGGUGUGCUGUACAUACAGAGUAUGUGUUUCUCAACGAUUUAAUUAAUUAAAUUAAUUAAUGAUUCAUCUAAUGUAAACUGAAAUGUAUUUUUUGUAAGUACAAGAAGGAAUCUGCUUGUGCAAAAAUAUGUGAAGAUAGCUAUGUUCUAAUAGUUUAAAAAACUGAAAUAGUUGAUCAAGUCCUGAUGUGAAAGGACUGCCGUGUUUUGUAAAUAUUAAUUUCUGUUUCUGCUGCAGUUGAAUUUAUGAACAGAAUAUCUAGUAAAUAUGGUAUCUGGAUCCAGAUUUGGAUCUUGUCUAAUUGUAGCUAAUACAACAAACAUUGGAAUACUGAUAAAAUUAUGUAAGAAGGAACUCAAAAACUUUUGUUUUUGAAAGAUAAAGCAAUAUUAGAGCAGGAUUGGCAACUAACAUAGAAAUUAAACUUUAUUUGAUGGAUCAGUAUAAAUGCAAAUCUAUGGCAGUUUUCUUAAGUGCAAUACUAUUAAUUUUUUUGCCUGUGGAAUGCUGUUGUGUCCUUCCCCUUUUUGUAUUCUCAUUGUAUAGUUUAUUUAACAAUAAAUUUUGUGAUACUGCAUGACAAAAGCAGAAAGUUGAUUAAUUCAAUUUUUAAAUCAGCUUUUUUUGGUUAGUACUCUUUUAUGAGUAUGUUAAAAUAAAUAUUCUCCCAACCUUUAUUGUAGUUUACAGUUCAGCAAUAGAAAAGAACGGCAAUAACAAUGUACUUUGUAAUGAAAUGUAGUGUGCCUUCUGUCCUGGACCAUUUCAAUGGAGUAGAUACAUUUGAAGUAGUUUUGUAUUAUAUACAUUUAUAAUAUAAUAACUUAUAGUUCCGCUAAAUAUAAAAAACUCUUAGAUAUUCCAUUGCAUUAUAAAUGUAAUUUAACCCUUUAACUUCUCUGGAACAUGUUUACGCACGCCACCAGGCCUUCUACCUGGUACUCUGAUGAAUGUGUCUACGCGUAGACACGUUUAGGGUACCAGGUGGGACUGGUGGUGCACGUUCAAAGGUGCAUGCAUUAACACGUCCAGAGCAGUUAAAGGGUUAAUAACAGCAAAUUUGUAUGUUUGUACAGUAAAAUUUUUGCAGCAGAAUUCUAAGUUAUUUUAGGUUAUGCACCUAAUCUGAUUCAAGCCAUGAAGAUAGUGUUUUAAUUGUACAUGAGAAAUGACUCGUCUUUUCUCUUCUG